GCCUCCCAUGUGUAUGCGUGUGUGAGGUGUGAGCUGGAGUCUGGAAAAGAGGUUGAGAUCUGACCUGAGACGGGCGGCGGAGAAUCCGUGUAGAAAGAAGAGCAGGAGAUGACGCCCGGCGUUGUUGGCCAUGGAGGUGUCCUAGAGGAGCCGCGCCUCGAGCGGCAGAUGGGGUGCAUGGCUGGGUUCCUCCAUCUGUUCGACCGCCACCAAAUCCUCGCCGGAAGGCGCCGCUACUCCACCCGAAGCCUCCCCACUUCCUCGGCUGCUGGAUCGAGGUCGCCGUCGGAGAGUUCGGUAGCUUCCUCGGCGUCGUUGUUCAUGGAGAGCCAUCCUCCUUCGAGGCCGCUGGAGCCCCGCCCUUCUUCGCCGGAGAGAAGCUCCGUGUCGGAGACGCCGGCGAGGCGGUCGCUUCCGCUGCCGCUCCCGAUCUUCGAGGUCGCGGACGGGGCGAGGACCACCUGGAGGAUCCGAGACUCUCCUAGGCUUUCUCUCGACAGCCGCGCGGUGGUUGACGCGAGAGGAAAGCUCCGACCACGGGAGAUCCGGACGGCGGUCCCCGUGACCCCCGGGGGCCAAUCUGACGCCUCCGACGCCGGGGAGGAGCAGCGGCGUUCCCCGAGCGUCGUAGUGCGGCUAAUGGGGCUCAACUCCCUGCCGAGUUCCGGCAGCGCAGGUGGAGCUGAGCUGGACGGCGCCGAGCUCCGCCGAUCCGCCUCCGAGUCACGAGUUCGGAGAGAUCCAUCGAGCUACGGAUUCGCGGACGCAGGAUCGUUCCACAAGCCAUCGCCGCAAGCGGAAGCCACUCCGAUAUCCGCCGAGGAGUUCUUUAAGACGGUCAAUCCGGCCCGAUUCCGGCUUAACGACGCCAAGAAGGCCAAGCCGGCUGCGAGAAGCACCCUGCUUCAACCGCUCCAGCGGAAGAUCUUCUUUGACGCCGACGACUUCUUCCCGGAGCCGAAGCGGUCGGCAGCGCUCUACUGCGAGAUCGAGAAGCGGCUCAGGAUGCGAGGCAUCGACGAGCCGGCGAAAGACCUGGAGACUCUGAAGCACAUCCUGGAAGCGGUCCAGCUCAAAGGGCUCCUCCACUCCAAUCUGUCGGACCACCACGUCAUCGAUCGCCGCAAUCUCACGUACGACCACGAGGGCCGGAUCCACCGCGACUCCCCGAUCGUCGUCAUGAAGCCGACAUCCAGGUCCCCGCGGCGGCCAUCGAGCGAGCCGCCACCUCCCAGAUCCGGCGCAGCUUGCAAGAGCGCAGGGCCGGUCCGGCGUGAGCGGGCGGCGGUGGAGCGGACCAUCAAGGAAGGAAAAGAACGGAAGUAUCGAGCGCCGAUAUCGCCCGAGAGCCCAAGCUCGGCGGUGCAUCGAAGGCCGUUGAACGCAGCGGCCCAGAAGAGUGCACAACCGCAGCGGAGGGUCUCGACCGUCGGUUCCCCAAAGUCUAGUCCGAAGAGGGUGGGUUCGGAUCCGCUGGCCGUCCGAUCGCCGAGGAGCCGGAGGCCAACGUCGGCUUCACCUGCCGAGGAGAAGGUCCACGCAUCGGCGGAGGACGAUUCCUCCACCAGCCUUUCCGAGAGUAGCAUCAGCGCGUCGUCUCAAUUAGACUUGGAGAGAUCGAGGGCGGAGGACUGCAGAUCAGGGGCAAGCCUGCUGGAGCGAUGCGACAAGCUGUUGCACAGCAUCGCGGCGUUCACCGCGGCGGACCAGCAGCCGAGCCCCGUCUCGGUGCUCGAUUCGUCGUCGUACCUCGGCGACGACGGCUCGCCUUCGCCCUCUCCCCUCGCCAAGCGUUCCAUCUACUUCAAAGAUCAACUGGCAGCCGACGAGUGGGAGGAGUUGGAGUGGUCUCCACCGGCUUCAACGAAUCAUGGUGACGCGGACGGCGGGCCCGACGCAGUAGACCACGACUACGCCUACGCGCACGACGUCGUGCGCGCCUGCCGCCGCUACGGGGACGUGUCCGACGACGUGUACGCGGUCCUGGAGAAGGGCUGCCGCCGGCGCCGUGCGGGCGACGCGACCAAGGCCGCCCGCCUCCACCGCCGGCUCCUCUUCGACACUGUGGCCGAGAUCCUGGACCGCAAGCGCCGGGUGUCCCCCUGGGAGGCCUUCUCGAGCCCCCCCGCGGGAGGCGGCGGGGAGGGGGAGGAGGAGGAGGAGGCACUGCUGCGGCAGGUGUGGGCUGAGGUGCGGCGCAUCCGUGAGCAGGUGGCGGAGGACGACCAGGACGCCGUCGCCUGCUGCGCCGUGCGGAAGGACAUGGCCGGAGGGCUCGCCGCCGACGGGUGGGCCCGCCACGCCGCCGAGAUGUCCGACGCCAUCCGACAAAUCGAGCGGCAGAUCUUCAAGGACCUCGUCGCGGAUACCAUCCACGACCUCGCCGCCGGCGUCCCGGAGUCCCGCCCCCUUCUCCCCCGCCGCAAGCUCGUCUUCUAGAUAACCAAACCAAGACAAAUAAAGAGGGCAGAAAAAAAAGGCGGAUAUGUUGUGAUGACGUAACAAAAGGGCAAAAGCGUUGUUUUCGGUAAUGUGUGGGACCGGUCCGAAAUGGGCUUCGGCCAGAGUUGGAGCCCACGCGUCCAUUGUAUAUUUGGGAUUGGGUUUCGUUAAAGGAAUGGUUUGUUUUGGGGCCCAAAUAGCAGACGUGCUGCAGAACGUGUGAUUGGGACAUUCGAAUCACAGAUGAGUUUAGUACGAGACCAUUGGUCGGUGGAGGCGACGCAACCCCCUCCACCUUCGUGGAAAAGCUAGAGUAGUUUCAGCGCAGACAGAGGUUGACAAAUGCUCCUCCUCUCCCAGAAGAAAAUUGCCAACACUCUUUCUUGGAAGUUGUACUGAGAAGACAUGUCAAGAAAGUCAACACAGAGCCUAUAAGAAGGCCUGUGUUUGUCAUCCGUCAUGGCCAUCAUCCAUCGUCUCUUGUUGCUCCUCACCACCCUGCUUACUUCUGACUUGUAAAAAAUGCACGGUUUCAUGGAUCUCACAGCUGAGCACAAGGAGGUCUUCUCCCUUUUCGACAAGGAUGGAGAUGGUCACAUCACGCUCGAAGAACUGCGCACCAUCAUCCGAUCAUUAGGCCGAGAACCAACUCUGCAAGAGCUGCAGGAUAUGAUCAGGGAGGUCGAUGUGGAUGGUAAUGGCACCAUAGAGUUUGAUGAAUUCUUGAACGUGAUGGCUAUGAGAACGAAGGAGGCUACUGAGGCUGAGGCUGAAGAAGAACUGCGAGAAGCCUUCAAGGUUUUCGAUAUAGACAACAAUGGAUACAUCUCACCCAGCGAGGUGAUAUUUCUCCCUUGCAUGUCUUCUUCUUCGUAAUAUCUAUCUAUCUAUCUAUCUGUCUAUGUGAUCUAUAGGUAUGAAGGAGCUUUGAUGUCUCGAAACCUCUCGUCGUAAUUGCACUUGCAGCUUAUGAGCGUGAUGACUAAUCUGGGAGAGGAAGUAACAAAGGAGAUUGCUGCAGAGAUGAUCAUGGAGGUUGACGCUGAUGGUGACGGGCAGGUGGAUUUCAAGGAAUUCUCCACCUUGAUGAUGGCUAUCGGAACUACACCGACGAAUUCCUUUUCUUCAUUGUACAUAAACUGAAUCAAAUACAUGUUGAUGAUCUCUCUCGUUUGAUACAGCACAAAA